GCUUGCUCAGUGGGAGCCUGAAGGCAUCAUUUCUGUGUGCCUCACUGGCUCAGGAUCUGUGUAUUGCACACUCUUAGUACAGUGUGAAAAGUUGUCUUUGGCAGUGAGGAGAGAAGAACAGAGCUAGAGGUGAUGUCACACCGAGGUGUUGGCAUUGGGUGAUGUCUUGGACAGACGAGGAACGUAAGGACUGAAGGGCAAGAAUUAAGUAUUUGGUUUUUUACAUGUUAUUUGUCCCUGUGUGGCAGAACGUACUAGUCCAAGUCUGGUGGGCAGCUGCCUGAGUCUGCUGCCGAGGGAAGCAGUCGCAGUGGAGGUACAGGUCUGGCGCCAUCCAUAGUUAGGAGAUACUUGAAACUAGCAGAGACUGAAGUAACCCUAGAAAAGAGGGUCUGGAGAACGCCCACAGUGAGAGAGAAAGAGGCAGCUACUGAUUGCAGCAGGGUGAAGAAUGAAGGGGAGGUGAGGCUUGAGACAACGACAAGCCCCCACACCCACACACCUCCCCGGGGCUGGACAGCCAGGAGCCAAUGGCCAGCGACAAGGCCAAACCCUGUGAGCUCAACCAAGACAAAUAUGAUGCUGAUGACAACGUGAAGAUCAUCUGCCUAGGGGACAGCGCUGUGGGCAAGUCCAAACUCAUGGAGAGGUUUCUCAUGGAUGGAUUUCAGCCACAGCAGCUGUCCACGUAUGCCCUGACCCUGUACAAGCACACAGCCACAGUGGAUGGCAAGACAGUCCUUGUGGAUCUGCACAGAGAUGCCCAGCAUGUCCGGGUCCCUCUGCCCUCCAGCCGCACCAGACAGAGUUGUGUUCCUGUUGCAGACUUUUGGGACACGGCAGGCCAGGAGCGGUUCCAGAGUAUGCACGCCUCCUACUACCACAAGGCGCACGCCUGCAUCAUGGUGUUCGACGUGCAGAGGAAAGUAACCUACAAGAACCUGAGCACUUGGUACACAGAGCUUCGGGAGUUCAGGCCAGAGAUCCCAUGCAUCGUGGUGGCCAAUAAAAUUGAUGCAGACGUAAAGAUGACCCAAAAGAGCUUCAAUUUUGCCAGGAAGUUCUCUCUUCCCCUGUACUUUGUCUCCGCUGCUGAUGGUACCAAUGUCGUGAAGCUCUUCAAUGACGCAAUUCGAUUAGCUGUGUCUUACAAACACAACUCCCAGGACUUCAUGGACGAGGUUUUGCAGGAGCUUGAGAACUUUGAUUUGGAGCAGACGGAGGAGGAAGUGCCAGACCAAGCGCAGCGUGGCAACACUGAGAGCCCCUCCCCUUCCUGAGUCAAAGACGAAAGCCUCGCUCCUCAUGGACUUUGGUGGGGGUGUCCUUCUGAACCCCUGCAGCUAGGAAUUGAAAAAUUCUUGCCGGCCGUCCCCUCUACCUCCUGCGAGCCCACCCAUUCCAUUUGCCUCCCCGCCUACCAUGGCCCAUGACUCCUGACCCUUCCACAGUUGUCCUCUCCCCUGUGCUCAGGGACUGGGGUGGGGUCUGUACCAGCAAGCACCCUUGGCUGGUGCGAGACAGGCAGAGUAGACCCUGAAGCAGAAUUAGAGAUCAGUAUCCUCAGCCUCCCCAGCUUGUGCAGUGGCUGGGAAGAGCUUCAGGAAACAUGCUUUGUGUGUGUCUCCAAUAAAAGGAAAUUGAGGUGUUUUCUCUCCCAGAAUUGACCUUGGGGCCUACUCAUUGCCUUUCCUCCAAAGGAAUGAUUUCUAAUCCCUGACGGCCACGGUUCCCACGCCUACAGGUUCAGGGGGCCUCCAUCCUUUUUUCUCAGAAAUGGUUUUGAGCGGACAUCUGUUCCUGUCACAGGACAGGUUUGCCUUUAAAGCCCAGGGAAACAGGUGACGAGUCCUAUAACCCUUAGCAAUACUGGGAAGCAUGCCCGUGUGGAUUCAAAGAACUUCCCUUUACAGCCCCUGUUGCAGCAGCUGAUGCUUUCCCGCCUUUUUUUAAGGACUGUUGUGAGUACUGCCCCGUGAGUGGGGAGAGGGGCACCCUGCUGCCUCCCCCACUUCUCUCCAGGACUCACGGGUCCGUCGUGUGUUUGUCAUCAUCAUCAUUUCCAGUGUUUUCAUUUGUAUAGUAAAGUUCGAAUUAACAUAAA